AUGUAUGCCCUCCGCUCGUCACAGGCUGUGCAAUUAAUGCGGCGGGCCAUACAAUUGCCUCGCUCGCAAGUUCGAUACUUCCACCCAGCAAGACGAGCCUCAUUCUCCGUCGUGGACCUUGCACUGGACAGCUCCACCGCAUUUAUUCACGGCGUCCACACUGUUUCGUGUCUCCCAUGGGUUGCCUCAAUUCCUCUAACUGCUAUACUUAUUCGUACAUUUGUCGGGUUGCCUAUCCUGUUAUAUACUCGACUCCAUCGCCAUCGCGAAAAGAAAAUAGCGCCCAUUCUAAGCGCUUGGCUGAAGAGAUCUGCAGAGAAGCAGAAGGAACAGCUCGACGGUGCGAGCCUCAAGAAUUUAAGUCUUGCUGAAUUACAGAGAAGAGCUCUCCUUGAUAUGAGAAACCGAACAGCUGAGCUUAAUAAGCGCUGGGGAGUAUCCAGCAAGUAUAAAGCAGUCAGCUUCCUGCAGAUACCUGUUUUCAUUGCGCUCAUGGAGAGUCUGCGCGGGAUGAGCGGCAACAAUAGCGGCAUCAUUGCCUGGCUGUCGUCGUUCAUUGAGUCGCAAGACCCUGCCUCCACAGCCCAACCUCUGCAUUUAACCAUCGAGCCCACCCUUGCGAACGAGGGUGCCCUCUGGUUCCCGGAUUUGCUGGCCGGAGACCCGACAGGCGUGCUGCCAUUUUGUCUAACUGCGUCGAUCUUGGGGAACGUUCUGAUGGGAUGGAAAGUCCAGCCUUGGAAGCACCUCGCACUCCUUCCAAAGAACGAGAUGUACAAGCAGAUCCUUUUCACCGGUUUGCGGUCCUUUGUCAUAGUUUUGACAUGUUACAUUGGCUUCGCAAGCUUCGUUCAAGAGAUGCCAACUGCGCUUAUGCUCUACUGGAUCACCAGUACCAACGUUGCUACGCUGCAGACUUGGAUACUGGACAAUAAGGUGUUUUCGCCGGCGACAUUCAACCGCUUCAUCCAGAAGUCCAUCGCUUUCGAGAAGCCGGGCGAUGAGGACCCAUUCCAGUUGAAAAACUUGCGCUGA